CAUAUCGAUAAACAACGUUAGCAAAAGUGCUAGUGGUUGAUUACACUUUAUUUUUUUUGUGCAUUUAAUCGCAAAGUGUAGAAGAAAGCUCGACGUUCAAAAUUUCGCGAUUCGACGCUUUAGUUGUCGGAAAAUUUGGAAACAUGUUUCGCCUUCUUGUAGCGGUCGCGGUGCUCUUCGUGUUGAUCGAUGCGGAACUCCAGAGAAUUUCAUUGCACAAGAUGGAUUCUAUUCGAAAAGCUUUAAAGAAAGUUGGUACCAACUUGCAACAAGUUGGUUCUUUGAUCGAAGCUACAGCGGAACCUUUGUCUAAUUAUAUGGACGCUCAAUACUAUGGCGAAAUGUCCAUUGGAACUCCACCCCAGAAAUUUAAAAUACUAUUUGAUACUGGUUCCUCAAAUCUUUGGGUACCAUCCGCACGAUGCAGUUCUCAAAAUUAUGCUUGCUUAUUACAUAAUAAAUAUAAUAGUGCAAAAUCUAAAACAUAUAAACAAAAUGGUACUUCGUUUUCUAUUAAGUACGGCACUGGCAGUCUGUCUGGAUUCUUAUCUACGGAUGUAGUGAACGUUGCCGGUCUCAAUGUUCAGCAUCAAACAUUUGCGGAAGCAAUUGACGAACCAGGCUCAACGUUCGUUGUUGCGAAAUUUGACGGUAUUAUGGGCAUGGGUUAUCCCUCGAUUUCCGUGGAUGGAGUGACGCCUGUCUUCUACAACAUGGUCAAUCAAGGCCUAGUAUCAUCACCCGUUUUUAGCUUCUAUCUGAAUAGAGACCCUUCGGCCAAGGUAGGUGGUGAAUUGAUAUUGGGUGGUUCCGAUCCCAAUUAUUACAAAGGCAGCUUCAUAUACGUUCCUGUUACUCGCAAAGGAUACUGGCAAUUUAAAAUGGAUAAGGUUGAAAUAAAAGGUCACACCUUGUGCGCGGAUAGUUGCCAAGCUAUUGCUGAUACAGGUACCUCGCUAAUAGUUGGACCAAAAUCGGACAUUGCAAUUAUUAACAAAUUAAUUGGAGCCAAUAGUGAUAAUUAUGGAAAUGCAAUAGUGGAUUGUAAUCGGAUUUCUUGGUUGCCCCAAAUUACUUUUGUUAUAGUUGGUAAAAAGUUCAUUCUCACCAGUAAGGAUUAUAUCAUUCAGGAUACACAAAACGACGGCACCAAGACUUGUAUGAGCGGUUUUUCGGCAUCUGACUCACCUUUAUGGAUACUGGGCGAUGUAUUUAUUGGUCGUUACUACACCGAGUUUGAUAUGGGAAAUAAUCGAGUCGGAUUUGCCACGGUGAUAUAAAUGUCGAUUGUCUUCCUUUAAAUUUACCAUUAGAUCUAAAAUGAUGACAAUAAGCUAAAUCAUAAACUCAAACAAAGAAAUCUAUUUAAUUACAAAAAAAUAUAUUAUAUCCCGUGAUGUAUACCUUGUCGUCAGUUUUAUUAAAAUUUAUCUGCAUUUAAGUUUCAAUAGAAAAAAACUUUAAUCUUUUUUUAUCGUCAACUGACAAAGAGUUUGCAUGUCAUCAGCAUAAAUGUUGUAUAAUUUGUGCAUAAUUGUACUUCAACCUUGAAUAGCACAAGAUUUUGUUGUGAAAGUAGCUGAUAUGGAUUUGCUGUCAAUUACAAUGCAGCUUCUUGCAAACAAAAUAUUAUUUGCAAAGUCCAUUGUUGUAUGAUUGUCUAUCUAAUCGACGUA